GUGUGUAUGUAAGAAGAUUCAAUUGUAAGCAAAACAAACGACGAAAGCGUUUGCCAACGGAAGGAAUAGCAGAAGUGGCACAAAAAGCCAUUCAAAUCGUGUUUAGGAACACGCGAUAUACAGCGAUUUUAUUUAUUUUCGCUAUUUUUAACCGUGGACACGUGGAAGCUGGAGGCUACGGUGCCUACUAUUUGGCCAUGUCGGUGAAGAUCUGUUUCGAAAUUGGCCAUGUGGCCUCCGUCAAAAGUAGGCCAACGGCGGAAGGUUACACGCACGAUUGGGAGUUAUUUGUUCGCGGUUUGGACGGGAACGAUAUAAGCCACUUCGUUGACAAGGUGGUCUUCAAUCUGCACGAAUCCUUCCCGAAACCGAAACGAGUUUUCAAAGAACCUCCGUACUUGGUGAAGGAGGCCGGUUAUGCCGGUUUCAUACUCCCGGUGGAAAUUUACUUCAAAAAUCGCGACGACCCGAAAAAGACAGUUUACAACUAUGAUCUUGAUCUAACGCCAGCCAAAAAUCAGCGCGAAGAGUACGUGUUUCAUCAUCCGUCGGACGAUUUUCGGCGAAAGUUGCUAAAGGGUGGCGGAUUACUCAUAUCAGGAAGCAGUACCGGAAGUUCCGGCAAUAACGUCAGCAAUGAUUACAAAAGCAACCGUGGCAGCAGUAGUCACAACAGUGGUGGCACUAGCGCCGGUACGGAACGGUCGUCAAGCAGCAGUUCGUCGCAGGACAAAAAAUCUAAAUCAAAAACAUCCUCCUCGGUCGAUGAUACGAAGGGACAGUUUGCGGACCUGUUUGGAUCACCAUUUUCUCACAAAUCAAGUGGCGGUGGUGGUGGCGGAAGUGGCAACAGUAAAGUAUCACCCGAUCCGAAACAAUCGUCUACCAGCAAAACAUCACCGGUGGGUGUUAAUAGCGUUAGUGGCAAAGGACAGUCCGGGCAGAAACCUUCGUCCGACUCUAGGACGACGCUACCCAACUCUUCCACGUCCUCAUCCAUGUCUGCUUCGUCGAAUUCUACAGCGAAGGAUAAAGACAAAUCAUCCUCCUCGAAACACAAACAUUCGAGUCCCAACAAAGAAGGCAAAAAAUCGUCCAACUCCGCAUCGCUAUCGGUGGCGGGAGGCAGUGGGCCGGCAGAGGAAAAGCACAGUAAGGACAAGAAAGACAAAAGUCAUUCGAAGGAGCGCGAUAAAGGUGGCAGAGAUAAGAAUGCGAUGAACAGUAGUUCCGGUACUGGUAGUAGCGGCGGAGGAAGUAACAGCAACUCACAACAAUCCCUGACCUCCUCCGUAUCGAUGAAGCGGCCAACCGUAACAGCCAGUCCAAAGCGGUCCAGCACUAGCAGCACAAAUAGCAAUAAUAGCGUAAGCAACAACAGUAGCAAUUCUACAGUUCCUAAUAUAGGUAGUGGAGUGUCCGCCGGAUCCGGUGGUCCAUCCGGGAGUAAAAGCUCAGACAGUAAAAGGAGUGCUAGCGAGAAAGAGAAAAAGAGCAGCAAAAAGGAGAGGAAAAGCUAUGAAAAGGAUAAGGAACGUACUAACGAAUCGUCCAACCAACGAAAGGCGGAUCGCAGCGGUGAAACGCAACAGAAGCUGCAAGCAAACACGACUUUCGCUUCGGGCCCUGGCUUACCGAAAGGGGAACCACCCUCGCUAGGAAGUGGGAAAUCAUCCUCUUCUUCUAAUUCUGGAAAUAAGACUAGCUCCAACAAUACUGCAGCUUCGCAUGAUCUUGUCAAAGAUGGGACGACUGCUAAAGCAUCUGCAUCCGCUCGUGAAUCUUCCAACAUUUCCAAUUCCGCUGCUGCCAGCAGUGUCGGGUAUUCAAAGGAUAAAAAAAUCCAUCAAAAUGUUGGCGAUUCUAUCUCGAAACCGGACCCUUCUGGAAGUACCUUAACAACGGUGCCUUCUAUUAAGGCAUCAGAAAAGCUGGACAAGGAUCGGGAAAAGGAUGAAGCACGAAAGCACAAACACAAAAAGAAAGACAAAACGAAGGACAAAGAGAAGGACCGAUCUUCCGUGGGAAAGGAUAAAAAGGAUAGAAAAGACAAGGAUAAACCUACCGGAGGGGUUGAUCCCUCGGGCAAGGGAUCGAACUAUUUGACACCUACACGCGAAAGUAUUGGUGGCGGAAGUGAUAGUAUCGGUGUGGUAAAAAGCAAAUCACACAACAACACCGGCAAUGACUCGUCAGCGAAAUCAACUGGACACGAUCGGGACAAGUCAUCGUCCGCGGGCCAUCUUUUCUCCGGUACCGCAACUGGUGCCCGGCAGGCUGCCGGUUCGCAAGGUAUGAAAUCAGGCACACCAGUUGAACCAGCGACCGGACCAGGCAGUGGUGAAGAGAAUUCGAAUGAAUCGGAUACAGUGACCACCGGAGGUAACGGUGGUGGCGAUAAUAGCCGCGCUCCGUCAACUUUGCCGACCGAAAAAGACUCGGAAGCGUCGAACAGCAGUAUCGCGGACUUGUUACCGGUCGGUGGUGGGUCAUCUUCGUCCCACCAACAAAGACCACCGUCGGCAACUUCGUCCGGUACAACGGGGUCAGGUAGUAGGACGGCUGAAUCUGGCGAUAAAUACCAUCACCAUAAAGGCAAAAAGGAUAAAAGCUCUAGAGGACCAACUGGUUCUGCCGCUACUCCACCGGUCGAGACGAAGGACAGCAGUUCCAACGUUGGAGAACCGAUUAAAAGACGGAAGCGAAAAAAUAAGGACGUAGAUGUAGAGAAAACAAAAGACAAUGUGGCUGAGCUAACCACGACGACCACAGGGUUUUCAAAGGAACGGCGCAGUCCCUCGCCACCGUCUCCUCCGGCAUCGUCCAACAGUUUAAUGGAACCACCGACUAAAAUACCAAAGAAGGAGGAACAUCCGCAUCUCGGUUCGGCGACAGCUGGUAAAGCCACGGUCCUGGACACAAUGGAUCACCCACUGAACAAUAACAACAAUAACAACAACUUCAAGCAAUCGAUAGCUGGUGGUGGUUCUGCGCCGGAUGAUAAUGGUACCAGCUCAAGUAGUAAUCUCGGCGGAAGUGGAACGAGUGUCGGUGGUUCUGGUAUGGUGGGGACGAAUGCCGUCUCGCUCACCGGUGAUUACAUGCUAGAGCUGAAGGAUCUGCAGCAAAAAAUAAUGACGCUUCAGGACAACUCGGAACUGCAGCGAGUGGUGGAGAUGAUAGCGGCAACCGGAUGUUACGAAAUUACGAGCGCUACCUUCGAUUUCGAUCUCUGUGCGUUGGACCUUAUGACGGUGCGGCGAUUGCAGAAUUUUUUCGCCACGUCCUGACAAUAGACAACGGGCCAAGAGGGCGGUAAGAAACUUCGCAGCCGGGGCGAAUACAUCAUUCAUACGACUAUCUGUAUACAGCCGGCGGUGAUUUUGGAGCAAUGAACCGGCCAGCGGCUACUAUGUUGUAUACCGUACGAGCUUUUCUCUUUUUUGGCGGUGUUUUAAUCACCGGAAAGUGUCCGCACUACACCACCCAUGGCAUUAGUUUGAAAAGUUGUAGGUAGAUCAAUAUGUUUGCUUAUAGAUGUUCCGGUGAUGGUUUUCGGUGGAAUCAAUUCUCAAUCGUUAUCGAUCGUUAUCUCCGUUAGCUGUGUUUUUAAUCGACGAGUCGAUAUUAAAUUUGGUGAACUAUGCACCGACGACGUGUUGGUUAGACCAGAAUUAUCCAUACCAGAACAGACGCUGUUGCUUAACAUACGAAAGGGAAAAAGAAAAGUAGAGCACAAAAAAAAGAUUUCAAUCCAGAACGCUGUGGUGCACUUAGACACAAACACUUGGCUGACUUGGCCCCAAAUUCUCCCAAUAGGAUAGAGGACAAGGAAACGUGUAAUACGGAAGAAAUGGAUUGUGAAUGGAAGAUGGAAACUCGGAAUUAUUUGGAACUGCGAGAAAGGGUCAUUAGUUGUUGUGCUGUUAAGUGUAUGUGUAUGAAUUGUAUUUGAGCUUUUGAGUUUUUCUAUGCACAAAAGUAGCAUUCCCCGUUGCUUACCAUACUUUUUUAUGUAAUUUGUUGUUCUUUAACAAACAAUGCAUGGAAGUACAAAAAAAUUGUUGGUUUGUAAAUAUUGCAAAAUCUGAACCAAACAUUUGUGAACGUGCUUAAAAAUAACGAAUGCACAUUACAGGACAGGAAGCUGACCCAAAUCAAUGGUCAUUUUUAAAACUGUACAGCUGGGGGCACCAACUGGUUAAACUCAGGAUUCAGGAAUUUGUACAAUAUUCCAAAUACUUUACUGCUAAUUUGGAUGCUUUACGAGUUGUUUUAAACUCGAUUCAAAAUAUUGUUUAAAUUAUAUAUCCGAGGCGAUCUACUUUUCGUUAUGAUAUAUCGUUUGACCAUUGACUGAAUUCUGGACUGUUGCUCUCCAUAAUGUGUUGGUGCUGAUUCUGUUAAAACACGCUCCAUCGUAACCGAUCUGUUAGAAAACUAUCACUUUAGUAUCAUAUUCCACUGAAUAUCGGUAUAAUGAUACCGCAAAACCAAUCGUAUAAAGUACAGGAAUU